AUGAAAUAGGAAGUACCCAGCCAUCACGUCAUUCUACAAUAUCAGCUGCACGCUCUGCGUUGCUAAUAACAACGGAGUCUAAACAAACUGGAAAAAGCUCAGGUCACCCUGUGAAGAGGCGCCUGUUUGGGAUAGUUAUUCUUAGGAGUUUACUUGCAGUGCCUAUUCUGACUCAGGUAAAAUGAGCUCACCUUUGUCGAUGCUGAAGAAAACGAGGCGCACUCCACUGCAGGGCCCUCUGAAUGAGCAAUGCAGGGGCAGACAAAGCGUGCCUUUCAGGAGGAAUCUGUUAAAAGAAUUUCAGGCUGCAUUGGCUGAUGAUGAUGAUGAUGAUGAUGAAUCCUCUGAUCGAAAUCCUCCCCUGACCUCUCACACUCCAGCUAAUGAUGCCGCCACUUCAAAGUCAAAAGCCCCAUUGAAGAAAGGUGCUCCACCAAGCGACUUUGAGCUAAUGUCUGCCAUGAUGCAGCGAUUGAGCCUGCUGGAGAAAACAGUGAAGAGCCAAGCACAGGAGAUCAAGCGCAAGGAUACAAGGAUUUCAGUCUUGGAGAACAAACUUCUGAAUACAUCAGAGAGUACCCAUGAUCUGAGUGGCAGAGACGGUCUUAAAAGAAGGUGCCAACAACUGCAGAAUCAAGUGCGUGAAAUGGAUAGCUUUCUGAAUGACUAUGGUUUGAUCUGGGUGGGAGAGGGGGAGAGCAGUGACUCUGCUGAAAGGGAGCAGCCACGUAACUUAGAGAGAGGCCUCUGGCAGCCAGAUGGCUCUGUGAUCAGGAGCUUCCACAUGAACUUUGACCUGGUGCUGCAGAGGAUCAAGGAGCUGAACAUCCUGGCAGGGGAGGGAGAGUGUUUUGUGCAGUCGACAGCCACUAGGGGACAAUUGGCAAAAAAGGAUCCUAUUCAACUGAGUCUCUAUAGCAACGGCAUUGUCAUGUUUGACGGUCCUUUCCGCUCUUAUCAGGAGCACAGCACCCAGCGGUGCAUGCAAGAUCUGAUGGACGGGUAUUUUCCAUCUGAGCUUCAAGAAAGAUUUCCAGAUGGUGUGCCUUUUGAGGCUCAUGACAGGCGAGAUGAGGAUUUCAUCUCCAGGCUACCGUGGAAUAAGUUUCCUGGCAAAGGACAGGCUGUUCGUGGGAAGAAAGAUGAAUCAUUAAAUUCCGUCAGCUCUCAAUUAACUGGCAAGAAGUUGAGCAUGGAUCGGUUCCUGAGCAAGUUACCAAAGGUGGUAGUGAAGGCUGGUCGUGUGAUUGAUAUCAGGGACUCGGUGAGGGCUGCCCUGCUGGAUUCAUCUGAUGCCCAGAGAAGCAACUCAGUGAUCCUCAUAGACACGCCAGCACUGCAAGUGAUAAAAAAGAGACUGCAGACGAUCAGCCCUGUGAGGCCUUCAUCUGCCCGUGAUGUCAUCACACUCAAGGUGAAGUCAGAAGAUGGGAAUCAUACUUACAUGCUGAAAAUGGGCUUCUCAGAAUCAAUUGGCCACCUGCGGCAACAUCUGGACAAACACAGAGGGGGUGGUCUUCCUGGUUACGACAUCAUCAGUGCUUACCCACAGUGCUGCUACGAUGAUGACCGCCAGACGCUCCAGUCAUGUGGACUAACGACUAAUGCUACUCUGCUGCUGCGAAAGAUGCAACAAUAAAAUUUACUUUUUGUAAAAAGGUUAGGCAUCAGCCUUCUUCACAGCACACAUUUUUGACUCGUCAUAGUAGGAAAAGCACAGCUGUUACUAAUAACCGGCAUGCACAAUACCAGGACCCUGACCCCUGCCUGGGAUCAUUUUUAUGUACGUAAGAUGAGGGCAGGGAUUGCUGUGCCUCUAAAAACGGAGUUGGUGGCCCACCGUGACUGAAUGAAUGUAACCGAUAGCGGAAACAUUACAUUUUAUAACAAAGUAGUCAUGGUCAUGGUCAUGGUCACGGUCGAUACCCGAUCGGCUUAAUAAGAUACAUUUUACGGCCGAUACCAAUCCGGCAUAUCGAAUCGCUGCAUCCCAAGCUAUUGAAAGCUAGUACUCGUGGCUUUCUGCACAGAAGGGAUGAAUAUACUGUCUAUCGAAAUGAAAUGAACAAAUUAAAACAAAAUGUUGAAAAUCUUUAUUUCUAAAAUAUGCAAAUACAAACAAGGACAAAAGUAUGAAAAUAUAAACAUCUUUUUCCCUUUCGCAAAACAUUUGAGAUGUUAAGGCAUGCGGAGCCUGACUUUCCAAAGAUAAAUCUUGUGCUACUUAAGUU